AUGAGAUGGCCAUCCAAAUCCUCAUUCGCAGCUACUGCGCUGCUCCUUAGCUCUGUCUCAGCCCAAACAUGGAGUUCAUGCAAUCCCCUACAUAGCAACACUUGUCCCAAUGAUGAUGCGCUGGGUAUGAGCAUCGACAUCGACUUCUCCAAAGGCGCCGUAAACUCUUUCGCAGCCUCCGGUUCUCCAAAGUACGACGACGAGGGUGUCUCCUUCACUGUUGCCCGCGCCAACGAUGCGCCUCAGCUCGCUUCCCUCUUCUACAUCAUGUUCGGCCGUGUCGAGAUUACAAUGAAGGCUGCUCCCGGCGCUGGUAUCGUCUCAUCGCUCGUUCUUCAGUCCGACGUGCUUGACGAGAUCGACAUUGAGUGGCUUGGUUCCGACAACGACGAGAUCCAGUCCAAUUACUUUGGAAAAGGUCAGACUACUUCAUACAACCGUGGCGAGUUCCACGAUGUCACCAACACACAGGGUGAAUGGACCACGUAUACUAUUGAUUGGAAUAAGGACCGCAUUGUCUGGAUGGUUGGCGGCACCGUCGUCCGCACCCUCAACUCUGGAGAUGCACCCGACAACCAAUACCCUCAAACCCCAAUGCAAGUCAAGUUUGGAGCUUGGGCUGGUGGCGAUCCCAACACGAACCCACCUGGAACCGUCAAAUGGGCUCGUGGACCGACGGACUAUUCCAAGGGUCCUUUCACGAUGAAGGUCAAGAGCGUCAUCAUCACAGACUACUCUACUGGCGAUGAGUACAAGUACAAGGACACAUCCGGUUCAUGGCAAUCCAUCGAAGCUAUCGGCGGCUCUGUCAAUGGCAACGAGAACGGUGAUGCCAUGACCGUCACUGCUACUGCCCAGGGAACUGUUGCCACACAGAACGACAACGUCCCUAUUGGAGGUAUCGGAGAGGAUGGAAGUCCCGCCACGGCUACACAGACCGGAUGGCCUUGGACUGGCUCUCGUCCUUCUGGCGGUGCUAUCCCUGAAGGAUGGCGCCUCAACGCCGAAGGAAAGAUCAUUCCAGCUGAGAACAGCGCCAUGAGCUCCCUUCAACCCUUCCACAGCCUUAUCGCUGUUAUCCCCUUCUUCGCUGGCAUCAUGGCUUUUGCCGGAAGGUUCAUCUAA